AUGAUCAGGGUUCCUCUCUCCGCGCGGCGUCUGUGCUCGAGAUCUUUCUCUUCUUCUGUCGCUCGUCCGAUUACCUUCACUCGUCCCCUCUCCAAGGCUACCGCCACUCCCCGGUUUGCGGAAGGCGAAGACCCGCACCAGCUCGGACAAGACACCCAGGCCCUGCUGCAGGGCGGGUGGGCGCUGGACGCCGACGCCCUUGGCUUGACCAAGACAUUUUAUUUCAAGAGCUACUUCAAGGCCGUGUCGUUUGUGAAUCUGAUUGCCUCGGAGAGCGCGGUCAAGAAGCACCAUCCGACCAUAACCGUCCGUAUCGGCUCGGUGGAUGUCCACUGGACGACGCAUCACCCGCGCGGCCUAACGGUCAAGGAUACGGCAAUGGCCCGGCAUUGCGACCAGGGAGCAGUGCUGAUGAGGGCCGUGGAAGCCGGACAGGGACAGAAAUGUUGA